AUGGUGUAUCAUCUUGAGGGCUUCGUCUACGAGUCUACCGCUUAUGAGGUCAUUGUCAACUGCCUCUACAAUCAGCUUCCGGAUCGUCCGACAACUCGCCAUCAAUGCAAAACUUUGCUGAAGUCAUACGUAUUGGCUCUACAGUAUCGGAUUACCGACCUCCAAGAUGCUCUGGUUGACUGUAUUCGCCAGUACCACAGAGAAUUCACCAUCGCAUUCGAAGACUUGGUCUGGUUAAUCAACAGGCUUGGCCAUGGUGAAAUGAUCCAAAAGAUCCCAAUGGUGAAAUACAUGAUUGACCAAUGCGCUUGGGAGAUCUGCUCGAACGGAUACAAGUCCUUUGCUCGCCAGAAUCCGUGGUUCGAGCCAUUCCUUGUGCUGGGAGAUCGCCCAAUACGAAAAGUCCUGUUUGAGGCUAUCACAGAAGUGUCCGACCACGCCGACCCAGCAACUGGACCGAAUCGGUACAGAGUCGAUGAUUGGGUGCAUUUCGAGCAGUCAGCCCAGAACAUGACAGAAUUCGUUGAGCUCGACGACUGA